ACCCGGAGAGCUGCAGCCAAUCGUCGGGUGGGUAAACCAACACCUGUCUGUCACAUUCACCACACACUGUCUGCUGGAACUGCUAUGAAGAAUAAACACAACCAACAGGUGAAGGUAGCAGCGGCUCAGGACGGAUUCGACAUGUCGAGCUUCGAGGUGACUCUCCAGCAACUCAAUGAUCUGUUGACGGACGACUGCGGCUUUUACAGCUGGCCGACAAAACACUUCCACGAGGUUUACCCGAGGAUCUACGUGGGCAAUGCGUUUGUGGCAAUGAAUGUGAUGCGUCUGAAGCGCUUGGGGAUCACGCACAUCCUGAACGCAGCAGAAGGAAACUCGUUCAUGCACGUCAACACCAACGCCGAGUGGUACGCCGGCACGGGUAUCAUCUACCACGGAGUAGCAGCCAGCGACACGGACCACUUCGACAUCAGCGUUUACUUUGAGGAGGCUGCAGACUUCAUUGAAAAGGCCAUGGCUUACAAGAACGGAAAAGGUAAAGUGUACGUUCAUUGCAGGGAAGGCUACAGUCGAUCACCCAGCUUAGUCAUAGCUUACCUGAUGCUUCGCCAAAACAUGGACGUUCACACCGCUCUGGCCAUGGUGCGGCAGAAGAGAGAGAUCGGACCCAACGACGGCUUCCUGCGGCAGCUCUGUCUGCUGAACCAGAGGCUGGCUGCUGAGGGAAAGUUCUGGAACAAAUGAAGCCGAUCCAAGAAGCAGAUAGACAAGUCUGUUAUUGAGAACAAAAGUAUGUGUUCAUUGCACAUCACUUUCUUUCACUUGUUCUACAACUUAAACAAGCCGCACAUCUGUGAGGGAAUGUUCUGGAAGUGAGGGUAGAAGACAGUGAAACACAUUUCAAGGCUGACAGCAUUGAGUGUAUGUUUGAAACAAAAUAGUAGGUCUCACACAGAAACUUAAGAAAUGUAUUUAUAGCCUUUUAAUUGUGCUUCAUCCAACACUGGUGAUGUGCUGAUCAUAUAAUGUAAUGUGUAAAUCCAGGUGCACAAAAAUGUGACAUACAGACACUUUAAUUAUAUUCCAAAUACUAGAUUUAUAAGCAAUGUUCUGUAUAGUUACUGUGUUUUAAUUAAUCCAGGAGACACAAUCUACAUUUCAGAGGUUUGUUAGUAUGUAUGUAAAGACACUCAUUGUGGGAACUGGUGAGAAAAAAAGAUGGUGGAACUUUCUGUCUAUCGCCUCUUAAUAUUCAGCCUGUCUUCCCUCCAUCUCCAUCUCCUCUCGUCCUGGCAAUGUUGUCUUUGUCUUAGCCUCACUCCUGCACACACUGCCAAAUCUCUCUGUCCCAGCCAGAUAUCUAGUGGACACUGUGAUUUCUUCUCAUAUUGAACCAGAUUUUCAGGAUAGUACAGGAUGAUAAGGAGAUAUUUUUGUCUAGUAUGUCUAGUGUAAAAAAAAACAACUUCUGAAUCUUUUAUCUUCACUGCCUAAAACCUGCCUAAAAAUGUAACAUGUUGUUAUGUUGCUUUAUAGGAACUUAUGAUAUUUUACGCAGCAGAGUGCAUUAAAUUAAAGAUAGUUCAAUGACACUGGUCAGACAUUAUUGGAGAAAAAUAGAGGAACAGCUCUGCAUUUUGGGAAAUGUAUUAUUUAAUACUUGCACGCUGAGUUUGGUAAGAAGUCUAUGUUUGUCACUCAAACACUGCCAAGAUUGUGAUAAAGCUUUGCCACUUAUGUUAUUGGAUAACUUCUUAAUCAAACUUUUUACACUGUAACGUGUUUACAUUUGUGUGUCAGAGUAUAUUAAUUUUUCUAUUGUGCAGCAGCAUGCUAUUUAAUGUAUGUUUGACUGAAAGUGUUUUUUUUCAACACACAUAGUAUGUAGCUAUGUACAAUGCAGAGUCACAGUGUGCAUUAUUGUGUGUGCAUCGUUUAUCACUAUGUGCAUUAUAAGGCCUGUAACUUGUGAAUCAUCAUGUGCAUUACCUAGGUAGGAUGUGAUGUGAUUGGUCAUGUCAGUCGGCUCUCAUUAAGUCUCAGGUUAUGAGACUGCUUUUAUGAAGUGCACUUUAUCCAAUGACACUUGGGAUUGUUGUUGCUCUCUCUUUUCACAUGUUAAGUAAUAAACUGAAAAGAACGUGG